AAGGAGCCAAGGAGUGGUUUCUAUAUCUAGCUCUCUCGCUAUAUAUACAUGCACCCCUAUGCUCUCUUAAACUCAUCCUUUGUUUCAUCAUCUUCUUCAACCCUUUUCUUUGUUUUUUUGAGUUUCAUUUAGCAAUCUCAUGAAAAAGAAUGAAUAUGGUGAAGGGAUUCAGAUUCCACCCAACUGAUGAAGAACUCAUUGAAUACCUGCAAAUCAAAACCUUCAACCGUGAUUCUCUAGUCCAAGUUAUUGCCGAAAUCCCGGAUAUCUGCGAGUUCGAGCCUUGGGAAUUACCCGGGCGUUCAGUGUUGCAGACAGGGGAUCGAUUGUGGUACUUUAUGUACCCACCAAAAUAUAAGUAUCGGAAUAGUAAACUAGUUAGCCGGACCACUCUGGAGGGGUAUUGGAAGAUUACCGGCAAAGCUCGUAAGAUAGUUAACUCUGAAACCGGAAUGGAGAUUGGAAACAAGAAGACUUUGCUUUUCUAUAAAGGCCAAUGCAAUGAUAAAAUCAGAAAUAAUACUUGUUGGGUUAUGCAUGAGUAUGAACUCAAAGCUAUGCUUGACUCAACUAAUUCUCAUCAAAAGACUUUCAAACUUUGUAAACUGAAGAAAAAGACAAACAUUUCCAGUAAAGAAGCCGGUCAAUUAGAUCAGUAUUCUCUUUCUGAUUUAGAAAAUCAUGUAGCAAUCAAUGCACCAUUAGAGGACAUCCUAGAUCCUAACGGGUCAAGUGAGCCGGAAGCAUCUAACAACCAUAACGAUGUUCAUAACCUUUGCCGCACCGUCGAUACAUAUGGUGAUGAAAGAAGCAAUCAACAUAAUAUAGUUGAUGAAGAUGAAGGCCCAAAUAUAUCAACUAAUUUCGUAAACCAUGUUGCAGAGGAUGCAAUCCCAGAAGUACCUUCGCACAUUUUUAAGGUGUAUCAAAAUGGACUUGAGGACAAUAAUUGGGUUCAAGAUCUGUAUAGCACCAUUGAACAAGAUGACGAGUCUUGCAACUUAAUUAUCACUAGCUUUGACGAAACCAUCACUAAUGAAAGUAGCAAUCAACAUAAUAUAGUUGUUGCGGAAAAGGGCAUCGAAACGCCUAUCAUUAGCUAUGAUGAAACCGUUACUAAUGAAAGAAGCAAUCAACAUAAUAUAGUUGUUAUAGAAGAGGGCACCGAAAUGUCUGUCAUUAGCUAUGAUGAAACUGUCGCUAAUGAAAGAAGCAAUCAACAUAAUAUAGUUGAUGUGGAUGAGGGCUUCGAAAUGCCUUCUAACCUAAAGUAUCUCGUUGAAGAAGACACAAUUUCAACAGAAUUGUUAUAUAACGAUGGAUUAUAUAGCAGAUCGUUGUUUGGUGAGUUAUUAGCAGAGCCAGAGGCAACUAAUAACUCGAACUGGAUUCAAAAUCAAUACAUCACCAAAAAAGAAGAUGGUGAGUUCUUGAAUUCAACUUUAGCUGAUAAAAAUAAAGCUUACCUUCAAGAAGGAAACACGCAAUGGUGUUUGGCAGCUGACGGUGAAGGCUUCAGCUUGCCCUGCAUAGGUGCGCUGAUGGAAUCAUCAAAUUCGAUGGAGAAGUCUAGUAAAAGACCACGUCGAAUGUGAUGGAUUAAAGUUGUGGUAUUGAAACUGCAUUGCUCAACCUCCGGAGAGAAGAAUACCCUCUACUAGCAAACCCAUAUGAGCUCUGGGUCUAACCAAGUAUGUGGACUCCUUUAUACAAAAUGGUGCUUUUAUUGAACCAAAAGAGAUGACCUCUCUAAUAUUAGCACCACUGUUCAAAGCUUCUGCUUGGUUCUGUCUCUAUAUACUUCAAAUCACAUCAAAUACCAAAUAAUAUAAGGGUCAAAAUUUAUGUUUUCUCUCAGUUCUUUAUUAUUUUAUAUUGAUUUCAUUAGCACUUUUUUUUUUUUGUACAAGUGAUGGUUCAUAGGAAUGUGUAGGACCAUUUCGACUUUGUUUGGAUCUUGAAUUUCGACCAUGUAUUUGGUUUAGUUGAUGAUUAGUGACUAGUUGGUUUGGGUUAUGCAUCAGGUUUAUGUUAUGAUUAUGUUUUUAUGAUGUUUCUGA